UGUACUGCAGCAGUACAAUACAAUACUCAUGGUAUUUGCUCCCGGAAAGUGACAAAACGAGCUCAAAAUCAAUAACCGUGUGUGAUUCACAGCGCUACCACUUUGUUCUUGAAUUCAUAAAGUGGAGAACGGAACAAGAGACGGGUCUGUUCAGUCUGCACUGGAGUGGUAUUUGAUGCGUGAUUGCACCCGCACGGCCGCAGUUAGCUUGGAAGUCCGCAGCACAUGAAUGAAAGACGACAAGUGCUGCUGUGAAUAAGAAGUUUGUUUGAAUUAUCCACACACGAUGUGAUAUUUGCAGCCUCCGUGUCCCACAAUGCCUCCUCCAAAGCCGAAGUCCAAGGAGGACACGUGGAAGCCGGCAGAACUGGCAGCACAUCUCAAACCGAAGGGUGCAGAAAGUAGUCCGGGCACAAGCAAGCGUCCUGCAGGUGGUACCGGGGCUGCGGCCGCUGCAGCGGCCGGUGGGGGGAAGCCAAGCAGAAGCAAGGACAGCGGCAGCGGUAGUGGUAGCAAGAAGCCGUCACGGGACAAGGCUGCCUCGGACUCUGCCGCUGCAGCUGCCAGUGCGCUGGCGAGUGGCGCUGGAGGGGCAUCGCUCUCUUCCACCGUACCCGCCAAGGCCAGCGAAGACAAACACCGGAGUAAGGAUCGAGACAGAAAACACCGGGACGAGGCGUCCAAACGCGAAACAACUGAUGGCGGUGGCGGUGACAAGAGGGAGCAUCGUGGCAAGGACGAACGGGACAAGGCGAAGGAGGAGCGCCAUCGGAGGCGUCGCGAAGAAGGCGAGGAGCGGAGCGACCGCAAGGAUCGGGCUCCGAAGCGCACAGAGGAAGACCCAGCGAAAGCAGAGCGUCGGCACCGAGACGACGACAAGAAAGACCGAUCCGGUGAGGACAAGGAACGUCGCCGCCAUCGUGAUGAGAAGCCCAAAGAAACAGGCACCAGCGAUUCUAAAGAACACCGUCGCCGUGACAAGGAUAGGGCUGCUGCGGACGAGAGCAAGGGCAAAGAGCGAGAGCGGCGCCGUGACAAGGACGAAAGCAGCCGGGAUACUAGCAAGCGGUCUGAAGAGAAACGCUCGGAUCGCCACAAGGACAGGGAAUCUAAACAUGGUGGCAAAGACGAUGACAAGGAGAGGAAGCAUCGCUCGCGAAAACCGAAGGAGGAGGGCAGUGAGGCAGCAGCUGCAGCUACUGCAAGUGAUCAUGGCCUAACUCUGGAGGAGGAAGAACGCCGGAAGAAAGAGGAGCGCAGAGAGAGAAGGAAAAAACGUGAAGAAGAGAAAGCAGCAGCCGCUGGGCACGAGAAGGACUCAGAAAGUGAGAAGAAGGCGAAGCAACGGGAAGCAGAGCUGAUGGCCAAGCUUGCUGAGGCGCAGCAGGCAGAGGAGAAAAAGCAGGAGAAGGAGAAGUCCCGGAAAAAGCAUCGCCAGGAAGCAGAGGAUUCGGACGAGGACAUGCUCGCGGACGAAACACGCCCGCGCAUUCCAGUGGCACCGUCCAUGGACUCUGAUGUCGAGGAGGCAAAGGACGACGAGGAUGAGGACGAGAUCGAGGAUGAAUACCAGUAUGAUGACGACUUUGAGGACUAUGAUGAAGAUUUUGAGCCGUACGUGGAGCCCGCUGAAGAAGAAGAAGAGAUCGAUGUGACUCCAAGUCAGGAAGUUCUCGAGAUCUCCCGAGCCAUGCAGGCCGAGAACCAGCGCAUCCUGGACAGCCGUACAAAGAGCAAGGUGGACAGCACUGCUGUAUCCAGUAAUCGUGCUGCUGCUCGUCAUCGUGCUGGUGGCAAAUUCAUGGACUUUGCGGCGGCGCAGAAGAAGCAGGUGAAUGCGGCCGUGGCACAGAGAACACGCCGACGCGGUGAGGACUUGGCUCAGCUGAUUGAGCUUGACUCAGUGGGAUUCGACCUGUUCGAGCUAGCCCCGCAGUCAGAGUAUGAGCUUUACAUGAAACGCUUUGGGAAGUCCAACACCACCCAGGUUGCCAUUCAGUGCAAUGACGAUGUCAUUGACGAGGAGAUCCAGACGGAUGACAUCGUGACGGAGGACAAAUGGAUCCAGUGCCCCGCCGCGGACUUGCGUGGCAAAGGAGUUGGAACAGGCUCUUCCGCUCAACCCGCUUCUGCUGGUGCCGAUGCUCAAAGAGCUGACGAGGAUGAUGCCAUGGAUCUGACCAUGACGUUCACGGCAGACACAUCCAAGAAACUCACCGCCUUCCUGCAGAAUGCUGGGCAGGUGGUUAACAUCUUGCUGGAUGAGAAGGCGGCCGUGGAAUCAUCAACUCAGCUGCAGCCUUGCAGGUCACAGUCUGAUGUCUCUUCUGGUUAUGUGACCAUGUCAUGUACAUGGAAGGAUAUUUCCGAACGUCAUGUGGUCUGCACACAGCUCACCAGUCAGCAAGACCAUCAACUGCUCACUGCCUACAGUCCAGCACCUGCUAGCUCUGAAAGCGUGCUCGGUGACUCCGGUUUACUAGCUGUAUGGCACCUCAGUGACCUGUCAACUCCACGCAGACUACUGACAUGUAUAACACGGGAGGUUACAUGUUGCUGCUUCAGUCCUGGAAAACCGGCUGUUAUUGCGGCUGGAACGAGCGACGGUGCCAUUGCCCUGUGGGAUCUACGCGAGUCAGCAUCGUCGCACCGACUCCUGCAGAUGGCCGGGGAUAGCUGGUGCGUAUGCCAGCGGCCUACGUUCUCGACAGACGGUACAAGUGUGUCGAACGUCCAUUGCUCUGCUAUUGUGGAUCUGGUUGCCAUAGAAGCUACCAAUUCCCCAUCUGUUGGUCUGGAUAGCAGUAGCACAGUGUCGUUUCAACUCGCCAGCUUGGAUGAGUGGGGCACCGUCAGAAUCUGGGUUGCCGUUGAGUCGCACAACCGAUCAGAACAGGAAUCUCAAUCGGAGAUAGGCCUGUCGCUUGGCAGUAAUGUGUGUGUGGUGUUCGGCGCCAUGAUUACCAUGACGAUACCGUCCGCGCUGGACCCACGCACACAAGUCGCCGUCAGGUCACACGUGAUCCGUUUCCAGCCGGCCAACGCUAAUCGCUUCCUCGUUGGCAGUGAUGCGGGUUCUGUUCUUCACGGCCUACGUUCCAAGACGCGCCCCAUUCCGCAUCAGUACACGGCAGACAUCCCCGCCGUGAACGAUGUCACCAGCGUGGAUUUCUCACCGUGGCAGCCAGACUAUUUCUUGGCUGGGUGCAGUGAUGGCUCUGUGAGACUGCAUCACAUCAGCGAAGCCGAGCCACUUGUGACAUGGCCUCAGUUCGUCAGCAGUUGCACCGGUGUGGUAUGCGUACGCUGGUUGCCGUAUCGGCCCUGCGUCUUCAUGGUGGUGGACCGGUCAUCACGGCUACUCACAUGGGAUUUAUCUGAUACAGACACCGCACCAAGCUUCAAGGAUGACCUGUCCUCUUUCGGAAGGAUCACCUCAAUGAGUGUCUCCUUGUAUGAAGAGAAUGUCAAUACAAGCCGUCCAGCACAAGUAGUGGUGUCAUUUGAGAAUGGCCAGACAGCACUUCACAGCCUCACUUCUAAAUACACCGUUGCGAACAGCAACGAAGAGGAAACAUUUCUACAGUACUUGAACAGUGUAGCAUGAUACAAUUGAUUAUGUUAGCUGAUUGACAAUUCCACUUUGGAACCCUUU